GUGUUCGACGGCCUUAUCUCUCUCAACCUUGCCCCCACAAUGCAUUCAUCCCAAGACACCUCUUUCCCUUUGCUUUCCUUACCGUCAGAGCUAAUCCUUAAGACACUGGAUCACCUCGAUUUUCGUGCCUUGGUUCCAUGCAGAACGCUCUCUCGUCUCUUCCGUAAAAUCAUAGAUGAAGAUGUCAAUUUGCAGCACAAAAUAGAGCUAGCAGCCGCUAACAUGGAAGAAGGCUCUCAGAGCGGAUUAAGUACAGCCGUACGACUCGAUCUUUUGAAGAGGCAUCAAGCAGCUUGGAACAAACUGGAGUGGACUAGUCACAAGUCUCUUCAAAUUUUAGGUGGUCAUGUCUGGGAGUUGUACGGCGGUGUAUUCGCUCAGGCCAAGGACACCCAUAAUACUAUCUUCUUCAGGCAGCUUCCUUCUGCGCUUCGCGGUAUCGAAGAAAAGGAGUGGGAAAUCAGCAUCGUCGAGUUCCAAAUACGCGAUUUUACCAUUGACCCGGCGCAAGAUCUUUUGGUAGCCGUUGUAAAUCCUGUGGUUGUGCCAUCUCCCGGUGACUCUUUCUUGCACAUUGCGGUCCAACUUCGGUCAAUGACAACCGGUGGCCGCCAUCCUCUCGCAUCUAAUCCACCCGUCCUUGUACACAACACAAGCCUCGUAAACAAUAGACUGACAUUCAUUAUACAAAUAUGUGCCGAUAUUGUUGCGGUCAUGUUCACCAGCAAUGAGCUAUUCAUCAAUAGUGGUUCGACUGAAUUGGUACUCUGGAACUGGAAAACUGGUUGUAAAGUCAUGAAUAUUCACUGCGACGAUGAUAUGGCUAGCUUUGCUUUUCUUAGCAGUCGAUAUCUACUGGUGGGUAUGAACUGUGAUCCAAUCACCACUAUCGCGCAGCCAACUUUAAUCGUGCUGGAUAUUGAAGAUGGAACUGAAGCACGUGCAAAUUUCCACGACAUAAACUUUGUGUGCUCAUUCCAGUAUCCCCGACUCAGCCCUUCCCUUGUUCCUCUCGUAUUUUCAAUUCGAUCCGAUCCUUCUCCUGAUUGGACCUCACCACCUGGCUGUCAACUACCCUUUUGGACAGCUAGACAACACAGGCUCUACGUGAUCAGUUUGGUCCUGUCAGAUGACGAGGGCAAUAUAUCCUCGUUUGACUCGUUCGUUCCUACAGACACGUUGUUAUCUUGUUUGCGUACAUUGGAUGAUGGAGAAGAUCUACGCCAGUUCGAAUGGGAAGAGUGGGGGCCCGAGGGAACACGUUUGAUGACCUCUCCCCGAACGUCUAACGUCUGGGUGUGUUACGUUUUUGGCAUGAAAUUCGUUUCACUCCGCGCCCGCGGUAUAUCCACGAUGACCGGACCAGAUAAGGAAUACAUCGUCGAUUUGUAUGACUUCAACCACUUGGUUUUAAGCAGGGCAGAGUCGACCGGCGGAACACCGGGUGAGGACGAGGAGUGGAUCACCGCUCCCAGUAUUGUUAGCGGCGGACUCUUCGCUACCAGAGAGGUCCGCACAUCACUGCCAUACCGAAUUAUCAAACGCUCUCUACCUGAAGAUGUAAUCCCAGGAAGGAGGACAAACGCGGUCAUGUGUAGUGAAGAUGGUUUGAUUUUGGUGGCCGACGAUCCUGACGACCGCAAAUUUCAUGUUCUUUCAUUUUGAGGACGGGCGCACGAGGGAUGGAGCAGGUUGGUUGGCUUUCAUUUCAUCUACCACGGCUGCCUAUGUCCGGAUGCUUUGCAAGGUUUCACCGUGUUAUGUCCGUGCCAGACUUAUCUACGAUGGCGUUCUCUGGAUUUGGCGAUGCGAUGCAGAUAACUACCACAGCUACACCUCAUCGGAAGGCGCUCUCUGACGCCACAAAGUCUAGGUAUAUCGUUGUUACGUUCUGGUUGGAAAAGGCUAUUCACGGACGUUAUUGUAUGGGAGUAGCGCCGAGAAGAACGCGAGUAGCAAUAUAGACGCAGUUCCUCUCCUCGGUUUCAACACUGCUUGGAGUAUUAGCUUAGUGUAUAAGUACACACACUUGUGUUGUGGGCUGGUACAGUAUGACUAGUGUGUCCACGCCAGUGCACUCAGGUAGGUAGCUGUAAGGAAAUGAGGAGAAAGGGGAGUGCUGGAUCGGGCAAAUGAAAGGCCGUGCUUACAUGCGGGGAUUUCUCUACUGGAUGAUGCUGCAAACGUGAGGGUCCCAAUAGGCUGGAACGUUUCCAGAAUUGUUUUGCGCGUUUUCUGCGUUUCCUUUUUGUUUGUUAGCUUGUCUGUCUAAGUUUGCUGUUUCGCUUGUAGUGCCACUGCGAUCUUUGUCAGUACGCACUGGCCGUAGCCGCUCUACAGCAACUGGCAGAUUGGCCGCACUGCGGCUAAGACAGCUAUUUCUUCACCCAUAUGGUAAAAAAACCUGGCAAAGUUCGUAUCUGAUUCAUUUUUCUGCAUACAGGACAUUCGCAGUAAAUGCUAUGUCCUACUAGGAACUGACCACUCAUGACUCAUAUAUAAUAACCUUCAAAACGCCAUCUUCAAAAAUUUCAGACCAGCCCCACAUCCCACCGCCAUGAUAUAUCCCUCCUCUCUACCAGGUCCACACAGAAUCGUUGCUGCAGCCGUAAGGACCCAGCGGUCACAUACCUUUAAAGCUUUCUAUGCCGUUCGUGCACAAUAUCCCCUUUCCACCCUGUACACCUGACUGAACUUCUAUACAGACAAUCCGAAGCCUGCGAAAUCGUGCCCCCGUCGUCGUCGAGUCAGAUGAGCUGGAGCCAUCAGGCAAUGUAAGGACUUCGCUAACGUAUACAGCUUCUUUGUCUGACCUCGUUUCUCUUCAGGACUUUAUCCUCUCCAUCCUUCGAGCCAACCCCUCCCUCCGUGACACAAAAUCAUAUCUUGCAUCCUUCGGCGUCUGGCCGCAGGCCAUC